GUUAGAGCGCAGGAUGGUCGAGUCAUCAGAUUAAAGGUGUCAGGGUUUGUUAAUCUGUGAGGGAGGAACAGGCUGCGCCGCUUGAGCAAGUCGCUCCAUUCAUCGGCGGUGGCGGGGAAGCGAGGCAGAUUGGAUACUGACGCACAUCGGGGAAUUUCCCCUUCUUUUUCUCUCCCCUUUACAAUGGAUACCUGCAGGGUACGAACCUGGCUGUUCCUGCUCCUGCUGUGGCAGGAGGGCUGUUUGCCAUCCCAGUUCCCCAACCAGCACAUGAUUAAGGAAUGGGUUGAUCAAAUGCAGAAAGAGCUCGUCACCUUGGCAGACACAGCCACAGCAGGGCAAAGCCUCACUCAGAUUUUUCUGAAAAAUCAGCAUCUCUAUACCGUAGAGCAAAAUGACGCAGAAGAGCUGGUGGCCAGAGCAGCCAGGAACAUAGAACAGCUGCUGCGGAAGAGGUCUGCUGCCUUGGAGAAACUGGCCACUGCUGCAGAGGUAUUCCAGAAGGAACAUGCAUGGAAAGAUGAGUUUGAGGAUGAUGAAAUUGCUUACUACAAUUCAAAGGACAAUCUGGAUGCAAAUGAGACAGAGGGGAGAAAAUACAGGAUUCGACCAGACUUUAAAGAGGACCCUUCAUUCAAACGGUUGACUGAUCACAACCAUACAGCUGUCCACAUUCCCACUGACAUCUAUGAUGGCUCUACCAUUGUGCUGAAUGAGCUGAACUGGACAGAGGCAUUGGAGGAUGUCUUUAAAAAGAAUAGAGAAGAUGACCCAACACUUCUUUGGCAGGUGUUUGGCAGUGCUACAGGUCUGGCUCGCUACUACCCAGCCUCUCCAUGGAUGGAUGCUCGCAAAACUCCCAGCAAAAUUGAUCUGUAUGAUGUCCGCAGGAGACCAUGGUACAUUCAAGGGGCUGCCUCACCCAAAGAUAUGCUAAUCCUUGUGGAUGCGAGUGGUAGUGUCUCAGGUCUGACUCUGAAACUAAUCAGAACAUCCGUCAGUGAGAUGCUAGAGACAUUGUCUGAUGAUGAUUACGUCAAUGUUGUUUAUUUUAACACUAGAGUAAAGAACACAGCCUGCUUCGACCAUCUGGUUCAGGCCAACGUGAGGAACAAGAAGCUGCUGAAAGAUGCUGUGCAGAACAUUACAGCCAAAGGAAUUACAAAUUACACUAAAGGCUUUGAGUUUGCGUUUGAACAGCUCUAUUCGACAAAUGUGAGUAGAGCAAACUGCAACAAGAUCAUCAUGCUGUUUACUGAUGGAGGAGAGGAACGAGCUCAGUCCGUACUGGAAAAAUAUAAUGCGGACAAAAAGGUCAGAAUCUUCACCUUUUCAGUUGGACAACACAACUAUGAUAAAGGACCCAUCCAAUGGAUGGCCUGCUCCAACAAAGGUUACUUUUACGAGAUUCCUUCCAUUGGAGCCAUCAGGAUAAACACACAGGAAUAUCUAGAUGUCUUGGGAAGGCCCAUGGUUCUAGCAGACAAACAGGCCAAACAAGUCCAGUGGACUAAUGUCUAUCUUGAUGCUCUGGAACUAGGUCUGGUCAUUACUGGAACACUGCCUGUUUUCAACAGAACAAAGACUGUUGAUGACAGGAACGAAGAGCAUCAAAAUCAGUUGAUUUUGGGCGUAAUGGCGAUUGAUGUAUCUCUUGACGACAUCAAGAAACUCACACCACGCUUCACAAUUGGUCCUAAUGGAUACUACUUUGCUAUUGAUCCCAAUGGAUAUGUUCUGCUGCAUCCCAAUCUUCAGCCAAAGAAUCCUAAAUUUCAGGAGCCUGUGACCUUGGACUUUCUUGACGCCGAGCUGGAAAAUGACAUAAAAGUGGAGAUAAGAAGAAUGAUGAUUGAUGGAGAAAUAGGAGAAAGUACUAUUGAUACUUUGGUUAAAACUCAAGAUGAGAGAUAUAUAGACAGAGGGGUAAGAACCUACACAUGGGCUCCAGUCAAUGGAACAGAUUACAGCCUGGCCCUUGUUUUACCUAAAUACAGUGAAAACUUCAUUCAAGCUAAACUUGGGGACGAUAUAAAACAAGCCAUCUCUUCACCUUGGGGGGAAGAAGCCAUGGAGACUAUUCAGCUGGAUAGGUUUGACGAGUUUGGUUAUACUUACAUUGCUCCAAGGGAAUACUGCAAAGAGGUGAAGGUGUCUCUCAACAACACCCAGUUUCUUCUCGACUUCAACCAGUACAUUGACAGAAGUACUGCAGAUGCAUGCAACGAGUCUCUCGUGAAACGACUCAUCCUGGAUGCAGGCCUGACAGCUGAGCUGGUUAAAGUUUGGAAAGAGCAGUUGGUAGAUGGAACAGUAGCAAGGUUUGUUGCAACAGAUGGAGGAAUCACUAGAGUUUAUCCGAGAAGUGCUGGAGAAGAAUGGACAGAGAAUCCUGAGACAUAUGAUUCCAGCUUCUACAAGAGGACUUUGGAUAAUGAAAUAUAUAUAUUCACAGCUCCAUCUUUUAACACAGAGGUCAGGGAGGCUGUGUCCGAAUCGGGUAUCCUGGUGAGCAAAUCAAUAGACCUCUUCAUCGAUAAAGUCAUGCUCAAACCAGCAGUGGUGGGAGUAAAACUCAAUGUUUCAUUCUGGAUGAGCAGUUUUAUCAAUGCAACACUGAAACUUAAUUGCAAAGAUGAGAUUUGUGGCUGUCUCAGGAAUGACAAGCAUGUGGAUUGUGUAAUAUUGGAUGAUGGAGGAUUUCUGCUCAUGUCUAAUCAAGAAGAGUAUAUUUCCUUGAUAGGUCAGUUCUUUGGCGAGGUUGAUCCGGUGCUGAUGAUAAACUUAGUCAACACAUCCCUGUACUCCUUCAACAAGACAUAUGACUAUCAGUCUGUGUGUGACCCAGAGAAGGACAACAAGGCAGCAGCAGGACCUCGCUCCAUAUAUGUGCCUACUAUUGCAGACGUCCUCAGUAUAGGCUGGUGGGCUUCCAAUGCUGCUUGGUCAAUCCUUCAACAGAUUUUCUUCAGUCUUUUGUUCCCUAACCUUUUAGAAACAGUGGAGUCAGCAGAUGAUGACAUACCAGAUGCCAUGUUCAAAGAAAGCUGCAUCACAGAGCAGACUCAGUACUUUUUUGACAAUAAUGAAAGAUCAUACUCAGGUGUCCUAGACUGUGGAAACUGCUCCAGGAUGUAUCGUGCUGAGAAGCUUCCCGACACAAACCUGGUGUUUCUGAUCACUGAUGCCAAGGCAACAUGUUUAUCAUGUGACCCCAGGCCGCUUCGUCAGGCCGAGCAACCCUCUGAAGGACCAAAUCCUUGUGAGCUGGCUCAGAGUCCCAGAUACCGCAAAGGCCCUGAUGUAUGCUUUGACAACAAUGAAAAUGAUGAGCCACUGUGUCCUGUCAGUCGGGGUUCCACUCUCACCUCUGCACCUCUUCUGUUGUUUCUGUUUCUGACUUCAGGGAGGAUGAUUCUGAUUGUGGAGGAGGGAACCACCUAAGUCCAAGUCUCUGGUUGUUGCUUGGCCUCCAAUUGCUGUUCUGGCUCACCAAAUUCUUACUACAGUCAUGACCCCUACACACACUCAAAUGCUCACUCAUGCACAGAUGAUCAUCACAUUGCACGAGAUGCCAGAAGACAUUCCACUUGCGCCAUACAGGAUGUAUGCAGAAACAUGUGCAACAUAAAAAAAGAAGAAAAAAAAAACUGUCUCAGCAUUUCCAUUUUUCAAUGCCAAAGGGUGCUCAUCCAUUUCCUCAUCAUUUUUAAAAGUGGAAACGUACUGAGAUCAGCUGCAGUCAUUUCUUUCAUCUACAACUUAAUCUUCUCUAUGGUGCAAAUGUAAGAGCUAACCAAACCCUUUAAUUCUGCCUCAUUUGUUUUUUUAUUAUUAUUAUUUAUAAAGUAAUGAUGGAAGAUGUAUUCCACUAUGCCAACUGGAAAUCAAACAAAGACUAUAUUUUCACUGACAGCAUUGAUUUGUGAAGUUGUCAGCAUUGUUUGUUGCAUAUAGGGCAAUAUGCUGUAAAGAUGUUUUUCAACCAGUGCAAAUAUAAUAAUUAUCAUUUUUAUUUGAAAUUAUAUAUAUAGUUUUUUUUCCUCUUUAUUUAUUGAUUUUGUUUGUAAAAUCAACUAGCAUUCAGUGACUUGCUAGGUGUUUCAUUGUCGUAGCAUGUGCUCACUAGAGAGCUUAAGUUUGCGUCAUCACUUUGACACCAAAGCUCCUAAACAGUACCAAGGACCACAACUUUCCCAGAGAAUGUGCACGCUAUUUUUUCUUCUUUGUAAACAACAUUCCUUGCUUAUAGGAGUACAGUAUAAUUGUAUUUUAGCUACAGCAUUAGGUGUGUCUGCCUGCACUCUGUGCAGAGUCUUUUAGGUAAGUGACAACUUCAAACCUGGUUGUGCUUGGAUUAGCAGUUUGGUUGUCUUUGGUUUGAUGCAUUGAAUUCCCAGUGCCUACAUAGUAGCUCUAAACAUUCUGUUAUAUGAAUGAAGCAGUGCACCAGAGUUGUAUUCUUACCAUGUAUGCCUCUAGGCUAAUGCUUAUUUCACUAUAGCAGGGAAGUCAACCCUGGCAGUGAUCAUUUAAAACGGGCCAAAUUCACUGCUGUUGUUCUAAUUCUUGAGAGCGACACCACACCUCAAUAAACCACUCGUUUUGAUUUUGGGGGAAAGGAAAACCAAACCUAAUGCAGACUUGUCCAUGUGUUCCAGCAUCACUCUCUCCCCUUUAUAGUCCUGUUUCUGUUCCCUUUCUGGAUCACCAGACUCAGGAGCCAAGAUGACUUGUGAAUGAGCUCAGCAUAUCAAAGACUGUUUUAUUUGUUUCAUUCCUCUUGCAGUCACCUCCCUAUGCUUGUUUCCUUUUGUGUGUUGCUCUUAAAGUGCUGUGAAGAAAGGCGCAAAUGGGUUGGCGUCAAAAUGCUGCAUUGUGAUGGGAUGAGCUUGUCCGUGUUGUAUUUGCCUGUGAUCAGCAUUGGGGCCUGCUGGAGAGAAAUGUUCUGAAUACACUACUACUACCAGUGGUAAUUUUGCAUUGCCUUACUUUGUCAAUAUUUACAAAGACCACACGUGGGUUUGGAUCGGUUUAAUUUCGAGCUAUUUUACUGAUAGCUGCUAAAUUCUCUCUACCUUGCCUUCAUGGUGACAUCCUGCUGUUGAGUGAUCAGGUUAUGCUGUCUAUCAAAGUUGUGUGUUGACUUGUGUUUUAUCCCAGGGGUCCCGUGUCAAUGUGCAGGCAUGUGCGUGUCCCUCUGAUUUCUGAUUGUGCUUUAAUACCGUAUAUGAAAAUACUCUUUUGUGGAACUUCACUAGCCUGAAUAAGUUUUGUAUACAUUUGUACACUAAAACUAUUUACUGUAUAAAAGAAAGAAAAUCAUGUAAAAGAAAAAUGUUUAUAAUAUGGUGUUGAUUAUUGUCCAAAUAUAUAUUCACAAUAA